UCGACGGAGAACCGCUGUUGCUGCUGGUUGCUGGCUUCUGCUCCGCUCCUAGUGGUGCACGCGCGUGUACGUGUAUAUAUAUAUAUACACGCGACACGUUAUUCCGUGAACGCGCGUUCGCUGCUCCCUGCGACGGCAGUGAGCCCCCAGUGAGCCACAGGGAGCAAGUGUCUCUAGCUCCUCGGCUGCCGUUUGUUGCUGCUGCGCGGGUGUUGAUAGCAGCAACAAUCCGGCGCGACGAUGGCUUGCGGCAUCCCGAGCGUCAUCGUCGCCGAGGAGCCAGCAGUAGCACCAGCCAAGAGGCCACGGAUGCGGCCCCGGUUAUUCGGCACGUCAGCCGCAACAGUGGCCGCCGUUGUCGUCGACCAGCAGAGCAGUAGCACCAUCGGCACCAGUUCAAGGUAAUGUGAAGGACAAGAACAACAAAAAGAGAAUCAAGAAGAAAUCACGCAGAGUAGCCAAAAAUUCAGUUUUAUGACAAAAAGCACACAAAAAAGAAAGAGAGGAUAGAGGCAAAGAAGCUCGGAGUGAUACUCGUGAUCCAUCUUCCCCUUUGGCAUCGUAGUCGUCGCAACAAGUGAAGCACAGCAGUAAAACUGUCUUCGGCGGUUGAAGAGGGCGGCGAGCUUCUCGCCGUCAAGGAAGAAGAGGACAACCACCAGCCGUGCUCUGAGCAAGAGCAGGUGGUGCCGAGCGCGUCGGCCCUCAUCUACGAGGACACGAUGAACUCGUUGACGAACGCCGAGUCCGACAGGACGGACGGCAGGAUGAGCGACGAGGACGACGACGAUCCGUCCAGUGAGUCCGAGGCCUUCGAGGACGGCGACAUACUCACCUCGGCCAUGGAAGACGACGUCACGGCCCAGCUCGCCGCUGCAGGUUGGCAAAUCAAACACGCUAAUGGACCUGUUGGCGUCGCAGCAGCCGCAGCCAUAGCCUCGGCUAAAAAACGUAAACGACCGCACAGUUUUGAGACAAAUCCUAGUAUUCGUAAGAGACAACAAAAUAGGCUGUUAAGGAAAUUAAGGCAAACGAUAGAUGAAUUUGCAACGCGUGUGGGCCAGCAAGCUGUUGUGUUGGUGGCAACACCGGGCAAACCAAAUAGUUGUUACAAAGUGUUUGGCGCUAAGCCGCUCGAGGAUGUGGUAAAGAAUCUGAAAUCCGCGAUAAUGGAAGAACUGGAGAACGCUCUGGCACAACAGGCACCUCCACCGCCCCAAGACGACCCAUCGCUCUACGAGUUACCGCCACUCAUCAUCGAUGGCAUUCCAACGCCCGUCGAAAAAAUGACUCAAGCCCAGCUGCGGGCUUUCAUACCUCUCAUGCUAAAGUACUCGACCGGAAGGGGUAAACCAGGCUGGGGCAGGGAAAGCACGAGGCCACCGUGGUGGCCCAAAGAAUUGCCAUGGGCUAAUGUUCGCAUGGAUGCCAGGUCCGAAGAUGAAAAGCAAAAGCAGAUUUCGUGGACGCACGCACUGCGGCAGAUCGUUAUAAACUGUUACAAAUUCCACGGACGGGAGGACUUGUUGCCAGCCUUCAGCGAAGAAGACGACAAGUCUAACAUACUGAUACAGCAGCCGUCAUCGGUACAGUCGCAACAAUCGAUCACAAGCCAAGGCAGCCAGUCCCAACAGACGGUGGGGGUCGUUCGCAUCAGCAGUACUGGUUCAUCUAAGGGAAACUCAUCGCCGACGCAAAUCGUUGCCGCGUCACCCACGGCUCUUACCACUGCCACUCAAGUGACAGUGGAAGGAGCUGAACGAGGCGCAUGGAUAUCGCAAUAUCCUGUCUUGCAAACGAUAACCAAUCCGGAUGGAUCGGUUGCUUUAGUUCAUGUGGAUGCCGGUAAUCCAAUUAUCACUUUACCUGAUGGUACUACAGCUCAAGUACAAGGAGUUGCUACUAAUUUUCAGAUCCAUACAAGUCAAGGGGAUAUACAAACCCUUGCUGAAGUGAGCAGCUCCGACGGCACAAGUGUAGCGGUGGAUUUAAAUAACGUUACCGAAGCAACACUAGGACAGGAUGGUCAGAUUAUCCUCACCGGCGAAGAUGGACAUGGCUACCCGGUGUCGGUGUCGGGGGUAAUAACUGUACCCGUGCCGGCGAGUAUGUACCAGACCAUGGUAGCAAACAUCCAGAGCGACGGAACGAUGCAGGUGAUGACACCGAUGGUGCAGGUACCAAAGGUCGAGCCGGGAAACGGCGAGACCAGCAUCGAGACCAUGACGAUCCAGGGCCAUCCAACCAUGACGAUGAUCAACGCCGCUGGAGAGCAGCAAGUGCUCCAGGUCAUAUCGCUUAAAGACGCGAAUGUCCUUACGAAGGUCAUGCAGGCCGAAAUUGUCAAGGACGAGGAUAGCCAGUCGGCUCACCAGGGUCAGCAACAACAUACCGCCGAAUCCAGUCCCGAGUAAUCCUUGACGGCUCAUCGAGACCUUUUUCCUUUCCAUGCGUUCAAGUGCACGAGGAACUUUAAUAUCUGUGUACUUUAGUUUAAUGUAGUUGGUUUCAUGGUGAGAUUAGUGACCAACAAAAAUUAAUGAGUGGACGCUCGCGCCACCUACUCUCAUAUACUGUUACGUGCGGUGCAUUUAGUCAUUAAUUAAGAAGAUGUAAAGGAAAAAUUUGUUGAAAUCUAUUUCACUAAUUUUUUACGGAAUACAUUAUAAUCGUUCAAUGAGGAUGCAAUUUAUUGAUGCAUCGAAGUAUUUCAUGACUUUAUUUCAUUGAUUUUUCAGUCUCGAAAAUAUUUAUUACAUUUAUUGAAUCAUUGAUUGUUGGUCAUUGUAUUAGAAAUUUUAUCAAGUCAAGAUCUAUGAAAAUAAUGCACACAUUAGUGAAUUAAAAAAAUUGAUUUAACAUUUUUGAGAAAUAUGGUCAUUUUAAAUUUGUAGAAAAUUAUGUUGAAUGUGCUCCAAGUCACGCGUAUAUAUAUGCAAUAGCUGACUCAAAUAUAGCACUUUCCAAAGAUAAAUUAAUUUCAGUACAUAAAAAUGAUAAAAUGCAAUGCAAAUACUUUGCAGCGCAGUUGCGAUGAAGAUUUCAAUAAAAAGUGACGUGAAUGAUCCGGUUUUUCAGAUACAUUUUUUUCUCAGUUUUACAUUUUAAUGAUUGUUUGUGGUACUAAUAAAUAAUAGGUUCAAGUAAUAUUAGAUAAUCUAGUCAAAG